UAAACUUACCUUUUAUUAAUAUUUACAUUGUAUCUUUAUUUAAUAACAUUUAUUUUCUUCACAAUAGAUUUCCAUGGUAUUUGGUUAUUUAUCAAUAUCCACUUCAAUGCCAGCUAAUGGCGGUUCAAAAGCAGCAGCAAAUCUUGCAGAUAUUAGUAAUCAGUUAAAAAGAGAUUUAAGUCUUAGCUAUGCAGCAACAGACAUCGGUUCCAAGGACGGAACACGAGCAAAAACAAUCACAGUUAUAAAAAAUGUCGCAGGUAAAAAAGAUGAGCCAAUUAAAGUUGAUCCUAAAUUGCAUAAAAAUGAAAACUGGGGAUCUGAAUUUCGAGAUAAUUUUGAUUCAUACGGAGCUAUUCCUGAUGUCCCUGAUAUUGAUGAGCUAUUCGAAUUUGUGAACAAAAAAAAGGACGAUAAAAAACCAAAAGAAAAGGAUAAUCCUGCGGGUAAGGAACCUGAAGGAAAGGAAGUGAAACCAAAAAAAGAUAAGGAAGAACCUAAAGAAAAAGGCAAUGAAGAAACAACACUGGCACCAGCACCCGUUGAAGAGGUUACUGAGGAGACCACUGAUGGAAAAGUUGAAAAAAUUGCCGGAGAUGCAGAACUUAUUCAACCUGCAGGCAAACAGGGAAAAGUUAAGUCCCAAUCUCUAGAUUUGGGUAAAUAUAGCGUUCGUGAGACGGUAAAUGAUGACAACAAUUAUCAAAAUCUACAAAAUUCAGGUCGUCAACAUUUCUCUAAUUCCGGUAAAACGAACGAUAAGUACAUUCAGCAAUCGGUAGUUGGAUACAACUAUCCAGAGCCAAAUCUUAAGGGAUAUCCUUCAGCCAAUGGUUAUUCUCAGCAAGCAGCCCAAGCCGGUCGGGGUAGUAUAACAGUGACAACACCAUCCGGAAAGUCAUACGAUGUUCCAUUCGAAAAUUCAACCUCGAAUCCUCCUUAUCUUGCUCCAAAUUUCAGACGAAAUCAGAACUUACAGCCGCCAACUCAGCAAUAUCCAACAAGUUCUCAGCGUCCAUAUGUUGCACCCAACCUGCGAAAACCCUAUGAGGUGCAGUUGAAUAACACCAGUCCACCUGCCAGAGAUUGUGCUCCCAAUAUUGCAAAUAAUAAUAGACAACCACCUAUCUACAAUGUGUAUAGAAACGUCGCAUCUAACAUUAGACCAGAUGCAUUUGGUGGCUAUAAGCCCAGGUCCAGAGGUCUGCGAUAUUAAUUAUAUAUUAUGUUUACUUAUAUUUAAGUGUUAAGAACCUAUUUUAUGCAUGUACAUAGUUAGUACCAUUUUUACAACAAAAAAAAAAUAAAAUAAAACAAUUGAUGUUUCUUAUAGAAAUUAUUUGGUCUUAAUUUACAAUAUAAAAAUACUAUAAUUAGUUAGUUUUGAUUUGGAAUGUUUUCAUAAACAAAUAUAAUAAUUUUGUACA